AUGUCUCUGCGUCCGUCCACUGCUCCUCUGCGUGCCCCUUUGCCUUCUCCUCCCGAGUCUUCUCUUCCUUCUCUUGCCGACCCGGAGUCGGACUAUCUUCUUGCUGAGCUCGUCGACUUUGCUGCUCGCUGUCGUCUAGACUACGCUGCCAGUCUUGUUGCAGAGUCUCAGUCUGUCUGUCCUCCGUCCGUUGGGGGUGAGUGUGCCCUUGGUACGGACGUCCUUGAGGACAGGCAGGAGGAGUUCCACUGCUUGGCCGCUGCUUCACCUCAUCUCGUGUUCGUACUGCCUCCCCCUGAGGGAGACACGGAUGCACUUGACAUCCCGACUCCGCGCUCUGACGCGGAGGCGAUAGAGGGUCCCUACUCCUCUCAGUGGCAGGCAGCUAUGGACGUAGAGAUGGCUUCCUGGAAGUCCACAGGCACCUACGUUGACGUCGUUCCCCCUCUUGGGGCGAACAUCAUCAGUGGCAUGUGGAUCUUCAGAGUGAAGCGGUCGCCGGGUUCUCCGCCUGUCUUCAAGGCACGUUACGUGGCUGGUGGCUUCAGUCAGCGGCAGGGAGUUGACUACUUUCAGACCUUCUCUCCCACCUCGAAGAUGACCACUCUUCGGGUACUGCUGCACGUUGCUGCUCACUGUGACUACGAGCUACACUCUGUGGACUUCAGCACUUCUCUCGCCAACACGCGAGACACCACCCUGGAGUUUGGCGGUGGUCCGGAGUCACUGUAG